AUGAACACCUCCUCACAAAAUGAAUCUCAAUGUCAAGAUAUUGUAUCCCCAGGCUAUUUGAUGGCCAGUCCGGUUGAAGACAGAAGAAGCAUAGGAAGCAUUGAAAGCACUGGUUGUAGGAUGGCUACUGCAGCUGUUCUGGAUCAUCAAGUCAUGACAAACCAUGAAGUCAAACCCAUGGCUACACAAAACAAGUUUCAAACCAACUUUACUUCAGUCACCCCAGUCAACCUAGUCAGCCCAAAUUCUGGGUGCAACACCAACAAUGACACUCCUUUCUGUGGAAAGGAGAAAUUUGAAGCAGCUUACUACAGCUCUGAGAUGUUCAACUUCUUCGAGAUGACCCCUUAUGGCGGUUCAAACGAGUGGGAACCCAACGCUUUUAUAAGAUGUAAUGAGGAUGGAUCAUUGCUCGGUGAAUAUGACUACUUCAAGGAGCUUUUUGAUGAAGAAGACGAGAAUAUUAUGAAACCCCUCGAGGAGGAACCCUUCGAGAAGGAACUUCUCAUUGUUAUUGGCGACGACUAA